AUGAGGCACCUUCUCUACUAUCCAUUCACCCCAUUUUUCGUCAUUUUUGAGAACAUUGUGCACCAUUCUGGCCCUGUGACGCCGACCACCGAACACGAUCUUAACCUUCUGGCGACAACAGUGACGUAUUUCGCAAGCAUGCGCUCGCAAAUGCGCCUUCUUGCGACGCUGUGCACGCGGCUCGAGCACGUUGCGGCUGCUUUUCUGCAUCUCGCAAGGAACAUACAUCGCUCUCCGGCGACUGCUGCUGAGUGCACGCCGCAAGAACAGCACGGUGGCGAGCACAUCCCGGCCGAUGUGGGCGCGAUCAACUAUGCCAGCUACCUCGAUUGGCUUCUGGCUGACUUAGAGGGCUUACCGGGUGGUAGUGGUGCUUUGGGUGAGACUAGAGAGACUCGACGGACGUUUGAGGGUACCUUUGAUUGGUUCGCGUGGGAUGCGUACUAUGGAGAUCUCCAGUAG